UGCUCUAGUAGUGUGGGAAUGCGUGCAUUUGGUGAAAUGGCGCAUCUACUGUACACAAACGGUCCGUCACGCUUCAGAAUGCCUCUAGUUCAGAGGAGUGUGGGGCGUCUGUUCAAUUUUUUUUUUUUUGUGGAGAAUUGCAUAAAGUUUUUCAAUUUUGCUGUCAAAAUGAAACGAUGCAGAGGCGCCUCAUGCUGCAGACCCCCCCUCCUCCCCCCGGGUGUUGUGAGGGUCUGUUUAGAAAGCUAAUCUCCCCGCGUUGACCCCGCGGUUCCCACGCUGGCUGCUGCUUUCUCAGGCCCUCUGCUGCGUGCGCGCACCCUCCGGCCCGGGCAGAGACGUGCAGAGCUCCAAAUAUAGCAGGGCCGGGAUGGAAGCGUGCAACCGGGGGUGCAGCUGGUGCAGAACUGAGGCAAAACUCCACUCCGAUGACCCUGCGACGGGCAUCGCUCAGCUUUUCUGCUCCUGUGGGUGGACGGUGGGCUUCGACCGUCUCUCCCUGUAGCUUGUACUGCUUUGCUCUUAAAUCGGUGGAAAACAACAGCUAGUCAGAAAUAACAGCUUUUUUCUGGGUUUUUUUGGGUGUGAAAUAUUUUCUUAUUAUUUUCCCAUAACAAAUCUAAACAUGUAGCUUUUGAUAAUAAACAUGCGACUUGUUAAAAAAAAGUGAGCUUAUUUGUGUUUUUUGGCACACAAACAUGUGGCGUUAAUGGAAAGGGUGUGUGUAUUUUUUUAUUGUUUUAUUUUUUUUUACUUACCGUCCUCCUCAUCCUUUUAAAUGUGCACUUAGUUUCCAUAUUAAUCGGGGAGAAUACACAGGGUGGUGUGAAAGCAGACGUGAUUAGCGUUGAAAAGGCUGCGCCGUCUGAGCUCUGGGUCGACACAGGAGGAGGCCAUAUGUGGCGGCUUGUAGCUUGUAGCCUGGAGCCUUUCUGCAGACUCUGACAGGAAACACUGUUGCCUGCGUGCAGGGGGUGUUACUAUGGAAACCAAAGCAGGUGAGGGCCUUAACAGGAAGCGGAGUAGAAGCUCAGCUGGCAAAGAUGGGGGGAGGAACAACAAGGUCAAUGCACUGAAAGGACGGAGAUGUGCCAAUGCCUCGGGCUCCGAUCUCAAAGGCUUUUUUUUGUUUUUGGUUUUUUUAAAAAGGAAAAAAACCUCAUUGUCAAGAUUAGGCCACCGAGCGUUUUGAUGAGCCUCCAUUUAAGUGGCCGCGUGUGCGAAUCAGCGAAGCGCGCGCUUAAGACGAUGAGGUUCCUGUGUUGACUGCAAGUGAGGAGCGCCAGUCAUCACUCCACGCCACCUGAGGACGACCCAUAGGUUCUGAUCCGCCUCCGUAGCCGGCUAGCUAAGCGCUAAUCAGCCGCCAUGCCGAUCCUGAAGCAGCUGGUGUCCGGCUCCUCCCAGACCAAGCGGCGCUCGCGCAUGGACCUGACCCGGGAGAUGAUCAGCGCUCCGCUGGGGGACUUCCGCCACACCAUGCACGUGGGCCGCAGCGGCGACGCUUUCGGCGACACCUCCUUCCUCAGCUCCCGCUCGGGGGAGCCGCCCGCCGCGCCCUUCCCCCGCUCCCCGCGGCCCGGCCUUCUGUCCCGCACCUUCAGGAGCAGCAAGCGCUCCCAGUCUGUGACCCGGGUGGACGAGCAGAGGGACCACGCCCUGCUGGUCCCCGGCGGCUCCCCCGCCUACGUGAAGAACGCCAUGUCUCUGCCCUUCCUCAACAACGAGGAGCGGGGCGACGUCGUGGGCGCCAAGAGCCUGUCCUCCAGUCCACUGAAGCAGCAGGAGGAGGCGGACGGCAGAGGCGCGGCCGCCAUUCGCUUCCUGGAGCAGCAGGAGCGGAGCUUCGGCGAGCUGACGGAGCUGCCGGGCACCUCCCACUACGGGGGCGGGAUGAAGCACGCCGUGUCGGUGAUGUCCUUCCACGUGGACCUGGGCCCGUCCAUGCUGGGCGACAUCCUGGGCGUGAUGGAGAAGGAGGACGACGACCUCGGCUACGAGGAGGGCAAGAGCAGCGAGGGCCACGGCGAGGACGAGGACGGCGUGGAGCCGGCGAGGGACGAGGAGGAGGACGCGGCGGUGCAGCGGGCGCCCCCGUACCCGGCCGGCGCCGCGGACCUGGGCCCGGACCACGGCGGGCCCGACACCCCGGAGUACACGCCCGAGACGCGGCCGAAGCACUUGCAGCACCUGGACAGCUGCUCCGUGUCCAGCUCCGGCUCGGCGGCGCUGGAUGAGAAGCCGGCGGGCCACACCUACGCCGGGGACACGGACAGCGCCACCUUCAGCGCCCCCACGGAGGAGGAGAGCAACUUCUCCUCCUUCCUGGAGGACGAGGACGACGAGAUCCGCGUAUGAGGUCCCGGCCGCCUCCAAAGUGGGUCAGGCCUCUGGAAGGAGAUCCUGUGAAGCUAGCCAAGUCCUCUGACUGUGCGGAUUUGCACUUGAAGACGCUGUAGCCCGUUGCCAUGGGAACGGGACUGUGGAGAGGAGGACUCUCUUUGUAGGUCUGCAAAAAAAAAAAAAAAAAAAAAAAAAAAAAAGAAACAGUGCCUGCUCCCUUAGCCUGAAUCCAAACUCCAUCCGUCGGGGAGGCGCACGCUCCAUCUCCUCCUGCUCGAACUUUGAGGGAGCUGACGCGGAAGAGCAGCCGCUUUUUGAAUAUGGAACAUUCCAGAAGCGAGCAGGGCGAGCGGCUCAGAAAGGAACUUUUGUAGGGCGAAGAACACUUUCCAUAACUGAAGCGCAGUUCACGCUUUCUCCCUCUUGUCACAUGUGCUUUUUUUGUUUUUUCUCCUCGUUUUGCUUCGCCUCUCUCUCUCUCCCGCUCGCUCGCCCGCUCUGGCAGUGGGACAUCAUGAGGCCCGAGCGGAACAGAAGGCCUCUGUCACCGCAGGAUCACUGGUGGGUGUCUUGUCACAAUAAAAGGGACAGUGUUUGUCGCCGGAGUGUGACGCCCUGUCUCGCUCCCCUUUCAUCUGAAAAAUAUCCCAGUAAAGUGCCACGGAUCAGUCGGGUUCUUUCUCGUCUCUCCCACCGCGUAACUCAGGGUCCGCGACGUUGCUCAAAGGCUUCCAUUUCCUGACGAAGCCCAAACCAAAAUUCUCCUCUGUUCUUAAUUCACUGUGAGCAUCACACGGGCUCAGUGCAGAUGAAGGGAGGUGCUGGCCUACAUUGACAACAAAGCGUGGUGUUACUACAGGAAGCUAAAGAUUUGAAAUGUGGUGAGGAGCAAGGGGGGGGGGUAUUCUGGGUCUCUGCUAAUAAACCGAUCCGCUGAUCAUAGUCACCUUGAAGUCAGAUCAGUGCCGUUUCACAGGCUCCUAUAAUGUGACACACCGCUGUGCUUCUCAGAUCUGACGCUUCAUGUCGAGACUGACGACGGUUUAAUAACCACUUCCUUCCCUUUCUGUGCAUCUGAGCAGCUGCUUUUGUGCAACUGCCUCGUGUCGAUGAUGUUGACCCUCUUAGGGGAAUGCCCUCGCUGGCUUCCACCAGGACACGUGAUGAGGACUUCGAGGGGGGGGGUGCACGUUCGGGCUCAAUUAAACCCCGCGCUAGUUGCAUCUGCGUAAAGCAGAGGAUGAAACGGCAGCGGAUGCACGGGGCAUUAAGAGAAGACGGCGAUUUCUUAUGCAAGUUUCACAGUCGUUGCAGCUUCACUGUACCUAUUGCAUCACUAAAAUCAAUGGCCAGAAAGUACUGAGACUCCGUGGUGCUGAUUGAUUUUGCUGCCUUAACUCGAACUGACAGAUGUGCCAAAUCGCAAUUUUCUAGCCAAAAAACUAUUUUACUUGUGGAGCUCACUUUUUUUGGGGGGGGGAGCCUGUCCAAUUCCGCCUGUCAUUUCCUUUUUCUGUGUGUGGGUAAUCACUGCUGAGCGGACGGAGGUUUAAUAAAAGAAAUAAAUAAUUGUAACUGUAAAUCAAGCAGAAAAGGAGGCAAACAUGCAGAACUGGAUAUUUAUAUUCCCAAUCACUCACACACUACAAAAUAUAUUCAGGUGAUUGAGUUUUGUUGCCUUUUUGUUUAUGAUGUAUAUUAUGCCUUACUGUCCUUCACUGUAUAUUUACAACCCCCUUUUUUUCUGUAUUGUCUGAAAUAACCUAUAUUUUUCAAUAAAAGUAAACCUGAACGUC